AGUCAACCUAUUAUGGUUUAUUAUUUACAACUCGCAAUGACUCGCCAAAGUUCUGCCACAUACUAUAAUUCACCACCGAUCUAGCUGACUCCUUUGCGUAGAAGCUACAUCAAGCCUUCGAUGAAAAGUAAAAGAUUACAUUCUUCCCCACUACGUUAGACACUAGAAACUUGAGACUCCAGCCGUUUCUCUCACCCAUCACCACUUGUAUUAGGCUUCGAAGAUGUCCUCUAAGAAGUCGUCGUCUAGUAGAUCGUCAAGGCAGUCUCACCGAUCAACACUGUCGUUAUCAAGGACGGAAAUCGUAAUUAAUGUCUAUGACCUUUUACCUGCCGGUCGCCUCUCCUCUGUUUUGUGGACUGUCGGCGCCUCUUUAUUGCAUUCCGGCGUCGUUAUAAAUGGGAAGGAAUAUGCUUAUGGCGGACACGACCAGCGCGGCAUGACGGGCGUUUAUUGGACGCGGCCGAAAACGGAGCCUCCUGGCGGCACUUUCAGGACCGAGAUUCUACACGGUUUUACGUUCGCGACACAAGCCGAAAUCGAUUCCAUCAUUCGCCACGCUUCCGACGAGUUCCAAGGCACUGCCUACAAUCUGCUCACUAAGAACUGCAAUCACUUCACUAGCUAUCUCUGUGAGAAGCUUACCGGUCGGCCCGGACCCGGCUGGCUGAACCGCGCCGCAAGCAUCGGAGUUGCCCUUCCGUGCGUCGUUCCCCGAGAUUGGGUUGAGCCGCCGGAUUUCGAGACUGCCGAAGGCGAGCUGCUAGAUGAUGAAGGAUAUAAUGAUAACGAAGGAACGAGGAUGCUACGACAAGAUCACGGAAGAAGGCUUGCUACGGCGGAAAGCGACGAGGAGGAAGAAGAGUCGGAUUGGGACAACGAAGAAACACGUCGAAAUGUUAGGAACGGCAAGGGGAAAGGUCCGGCUAAAGAUACCAGUGGGCGAAUUCUGCCACCGGCAGAAAGAGCGCCUUCGGCAGGUAGGGGAAGCAUGUCCUAGACGGAAUGGCGGGCGGCUUGGGUUGACGGUGUGCAUUAUAAGGCGUUGGCAGUGAUCAUGACGGAAACCCGACUGGGUGGCGUUCUUUUGGGGUCUGUUUUGAUUGAUACCAAAUGGCCGCUCUAUUGCUUAAGGCACGUUAUGUUGAAUUUACGUCAUUUAACUGCA